AUGUCCAACAUCUAUUAUGUGUUACCUGCCUAUUCGCCUACCGCCCUUACUCAUAUCUGGAUCUCCGACAACACAUUGACAUUCAACUUAAGACAGAAUUCCAAUAUAGGAUCAAACUUGACCUUGUACUUCUCGCCUGAUAACAGUGAGAACUCCAACUCAUUUAACAUCUACUCUCGACCAUCCAUCUAUGUAAACAAUGGCGUGCCCCUGGGCGGUGGCUCGCUGCCCGUGGCCCAAGACAAGACCUACUGUACCUCUCAGUUGGCCAACUGUACCAUUGGCGACAAGUUAAUCACUGGACCAUUUAAUUGUUAUUCAAUUCCAAUCCCAGCUGGAAUAGGACUCCGGGUGCCAAUCAACUGCACAGACAUGGUUGGCAAUCAGUUGCUGACCAAUUACAUCUACUUCAACUAUGGUCCAUCCGUCUCAAACAACAAGGUCGUCAAGAAUGUGUUAGUGGUCGAUGGAGUGGGCUUUGACAAUGGCUCCACCUUGGUGACAUUACCCUCCAACAUAGUCAUCUAUGCAACCCCCCUGUCGACCACCACUCAAGCAUUCUUUGUUCUCCCGAUCGGGAUACCAAUCACUGGUGAAUUCACUUUGAAGUGCAGUGGUCUGUCCUCAGGUUCAUACAUUUACAAAGCCAGGCCAUACAUCCUGAGUGUGACCAUUAGUAAUAAUACUUUGAUUGGUACUGUCCGACUCACAAUCACUGGUGGCUACCUCACAAUGGGUGCAUCGAGCUCAGUGAUGGUUGGAUCACAAGUGUGCACCGUGAUCAGCAAUAACCUUGGUAGUGUUUUGUGUUGGACCAACAACCCAGCCAGCCCUGGCGAACAACCAGUCGUGAUCACGACCGACUCAUCAAUCGGACCAAGUGAUCCGUUCAAUGUUCAAUUCGACCUUAUCGCUCCAUCAAUCCUCUCAAUCACUCCUUCGUACACCCCAACGGAAACUCAGCUCAACAUUUGCGUGACUGUCAAUGACACCUUGAUCAGAUGCUGGAACCUAAUCCUCAAGGGCAACUUCUCCGCCGUGUACCUCGGUGUCAGAUCCAACCAAUACCUAUUCGACUAUCAACCAGUGAUCACCAACACUCCACUCACUGGAUCAACAUUGGAGGUCAUUGGAAUCAACUUCUCGCCCUACCUCUACCUCUCUAUAAGCGGAAAACAAAAGAUUAAUCCCGUGUCAGAGACCUCGAUCGCCGCCUUCUUCCAAUUCCCAGAUACAUACAUAUCUGGCGUGUAUCAGAUAUACGCAUCCGGAUUUGUCUCCAACGACUCCACAUUGAAUCUGCAGCCUGUUAUCACCAACUUGGCAUUCGAUGGCAAUCUGUUCAUCUCUGGAAAACACCUCAGUAUUUUUAAUGUGAAAGGCCAAUCAUUCAAAUACUCUUUCACCAUAAACAAUCAACCUGCAUACAUCAAGGAUAAUGGCGCCACAAGGUCCACCUUCUACCUGGACGAGCCCUUGGUCGCCACACAGGGUGGCCAAACAGCCACGUUGACAGCCAAACUCUCCAUCAUGCACCAAAAUUCAUCGUUCACAUCAGCAAUCCCAUUGCCAUAUUUGGACACAAUUACCUACACCCAGGUGAGCGGCAGCUACUCUGGGUCAUUUGGUACUAUGUUAAUCACAGGCACUCAAUUGGAUCACAUGCCUUUGGUCUCUUGCUUCAAUGGUAGUUAUUAUGGUCCCGAAAUCUUCACGGCCAAUUUCAAGUCAACCACCAUAGUACAGUUUAACAAGAACUCAUAUGAUGAGACCAUUUAUAAUAUUCAAUUGGUGGCCUUCAACGCCAUUGUUUCCAACAAUAUUACCAUCCGCAUUCUAAAGCCAACACUGGAGAAUUUAACAAUCAAUGAGCAAUCGAUGGCAACGAUAGUUGGAUCAAACAUCCAAAGUCAAUACAUUCAAUUUGGAUCAUUCUAUCCCAAGACCAAAUGCACUGGUGGUAGUUUCGGAUCCAACAUCACCAUAUGUAAUCUAACCCAAUGUGGAGACUGUCUGGCCAAAUGCAACAGAUUCAACUACAGGAAUGGAAUGACCAACCUCACCCAGAUAUACUAUCAUGCUAAUCCAACGUUGUGGGUGGCCGUGUCCAAUGGUACUCAGGUGAAUGUGACAGCAGCUCUUUCAUGCGAUCAAACAGUUAUACCCAAUUUAUUGGAGUUGUUGUCGAUCAAAGUUGGAUAG